AUGUUAGAGAUCUCCACUUUGCCAUCUAAACAACCGCUUCAUUCAUCAAUAACUCCUCGACAGGUUCAAGAACGUUCUAUUCGCAGGCGAGUUUCCCGCGAUGUUAAUCAUAUCGAUGAACUCUAUAGUCCUCGAAUCAUCUUAAUUGAAAAAACUCAUGUUGAUCAGUCGUUUGGAUUUUCAAUACAAACAUACGGCUUUGCAACUGUUCAAGAUUUAGCUCGUUUAAGUCUGCUGUCAAUACCAUCAGCUGAUGAAUUCACGUCAACGUCGAGCGAAAAGUCUUCCUCUGUUACCACCGAAGGAAUAACCUCUACUCCGUCUAUUCACAUCUGCACAUACGUAGAUUCAGUUCAAAAAGAUAGUUUAGCAUGGAAUAGUGGCUUGCGAGCAGGUACUAUAAUAAUAAGUGUAAAUGACAUGUCCGUUGAAAAUGAUCAUCAUGAAUCGCUUGUACAACGUAUAUGUCAUGAAUCACGGCUGAAACUUGUUGUGUUACAACAAAAUAUUCAUCGACAAAUUAGUCUGUCUGAAAAACUUCAGUUAUUACAGCGACAAUUGAAAGAUAAACAAGAAGAAUAUGAAUUAUUAGAUCAACAAGAGUAUCAAAUUGUUGAAGGUACAACUUCAACAACUAUCACACCUAAUACUCCUGCUUAUAAUCCUGACCGUUAUUCUUCAAUAAUUCCCCUCCGUUGGCGACAAUCGAUAGUUAGCUUCGCUAGUCAAACAUUACAAGGACAAAAACGCAGUCUUCGUUUUCCCAAGAAACAUAAACGAGAUCAACUUAGUCUAUCUUUAUCAGCAUUUCAUUUACAUUGUACCAAUUUGUCUUCACCUUAUCGUUUUUCAAGCAGAACAAAAUCAGCAGCACAUGAACAUCAUCGACGAUCUUUAUCAUACGAAGAACUGAGUCCAACGAUAAAAAAGGAGCGUUAUUCAUGUGAUCCAAACUUAUUUAAAUUAAAUAAUAGUAGCAGUUACGAAUCAUCGCUAAAUUCAAUCGAUAAAAAUUAUUCGUUCUCAGGGUGUUCAUUAGCCGGAGGAUUAGGAAAUAAAAUGUUUAGAAAUGAUGAUGACCAACUUUCCAUCAUUCUUGAAUUUAUUCUUAUUUGGAUUAUAAAAAAAAAUCUUAAAAUUAUCAUUAUGUCUGAAGAAGAAAAAUUCGAUGGGUUAUUGAUGAAUAUCGCCUCACAACAUACGGGUGGAAUUCAGCAAUUAUUAGAUACAUUCUUUGGAUUUUUUGCUCGUAAAACUGAUUUUUAUACAUCUCCAAAUCAUGAAAUUAAACCGGAACAAUUAGUGUUAAAUACCUAUAAAAAAUGGGAAAAGUUGGGACAAGAAAAACAUAAAAAAGAAAAAGCAGAACGUGAUGAAGCUGAUCGUAUUCGACGUGAAAAACUACGACGGAAACGUGAGGAAGAAGAUGAACGUGCUAAACAAGUAGAAAAUUCAAGAAUUAUUGAAGUGACUGAUGAAGAAGCAGAGAAAAUACAACAAGAAAAUGAAAAAUUAAAAACGAAAAAACAUGCGGUUGACGAUCAUGCUGAUGUGAACAAUACCGAUACAGAAAAACCAACAACGAUCGAAGAAAAAUUAGAAGAAAAAACAGAGACAAAAAAAGACAAUGAAACAUCUGAGAAACCGGAAGGUGAAGAUGACGAUGAAAAAGAUGAAGAUAAGGGAAAAUUAAAACCGAAUGCAGGAAAUGGAUGUGAUUUACCAAAUUAUAGUUGGGUACAGACAUUAAGCGAAAUUGAUAUCCGUAUUCCAUUGAAAACCGGUGCUCGAUUGAAAUCAAGAGAUAUUAUUGUCAAGUUUGAACGAAAGCAUCUUCAUGUAGCUGUACGCGGUCAAACGCCCAUAAUCGAUGCUGAAACAUAUGCUGACAUCAAAAUCGAAGAAUCAAUGUGGACACUAGAUGAAGGAAAACUUAUUGUUGUGCAUUUGGAGAAAGUAAAUAAAAUGGAAUGGUGGAGUCGAAUUGUCGUGACAGAUCCUGAAAUAAAUACUAGAAAAGUUCAACCAGAAAAUUCAAAACUAUCUGAUUUGGAUGGUGAAACUCGUGGUAUGGUUGAAAAGAUGAUGUAUGAUCAACAUAGAAAAGAUGCUGGUCUUCCAACGAGCGACGAACAAAAGAAACAAGAUUUACUGAAAAAAUUUAUGGAACAACAUCCAGAAAUGGAUUUUUCAAAAUGCAAAUUCAAUUAG